AACUAGUUUUUGUAUUGAGUUUCUGAAAUGGAAGGGGGCACAAGAAGGAAAGAUACGGAUCGGAUCAAAGGUCCAUGGAGCCCCGAGGAGGACGAACUGUUACAGAGACUGGUUCAACACCACGGGCCUCGGAACUGGUCUCUGAUCAGCAAGUCCGUACCCGGAAGAUCCGGGAAGUCGUGCCGGUUACGGUGGUGUAACCAGCUCUCGCCGGAGGUCGAGCACCGGACGUUUAGUCCCGAAGAAGACGACAUCAUUUUGAGAGCUCAGGCCAAGUUCGGGAACAAGUGGGCCACCAUCGCCCGGCUCCUGUCGGGUCGGACCGACAACGCCAUCAAGAACCACUGGAACUCCACGCUCAAGAGGAAGUGCUCGUCGAUGAGUGCUGACGAUGACCAUGUUCCGAAUCGGCAAGGUCUGAAGAGAUCCGUCAGUGACGGGUCGGGUGUUCCGGUUCCGGACUUCAGUCCGAAUAGUCCUUCCGGAUCCGAUACCAGUGACUCGAGCUUCCAUGUCAUGUCUUCGUCUUAUGUUUAUAGACCUGUCGCCGGACAACUCGAAACGGCGUCGUCUGCUUACGAUCCUCCUACUUCUCUGAGUCUCUCACUUCCUGGAGUUGACUCGUGCGGUGACUUAAAUCGAGGUGCCGAGUCAACUCAGUCAACGAAUCCGAUUCAGCUGAUGCCGGCGGCGGCGCCGAUGCAAGAGGUUCCGGUGAAUCGGCAGAGUGGGAAAUUUGAUUUUGUUUCUCCGGUGGUGGUGGAACGAGGGAGUGGAGAGUUCGGGGGAGUGUUGUCGUCGCCGCCGUUUGGGGCGGAGUUGAUGGCGGUGAUGCAAGAAAUGAUAAGGAAGGAGGUGAGGAGUUACAUGGUGGGGGUUGAACAAAGAGGUAGUGGUGGUGGUGAAGAUGGAUUUAGGGUUGGAAACGGUUCGAUGAAGCGAAUGGGAGUGAGUAAGAUACAGUAGUGAGUCUAGUGAGUGAGUGGAGUGAGUUUGGGAUGAGAAAGAAACGAUCUUUGUUGCUAUCUCUCUCAUGGUAGAAAAUGGUUUUUGUCCAUGUACAGGUAAGACUCAGAAUGAGGUAAAGAGUGAGAGAAUGAGAGAUGAAGAAUGGAAAUAUCAAAAGGCUCUUGUUUUAUCA